AUGCGUUUCGCCGCCAUUGCCACCGCCGCCGCCGGCCUUAGCGGUCUCGCCGUUGCCCAUCCCGGAGGCCACGAUGCCAUGACCAGGGCGGAACUCACAGUCAAGCGCUCCAUGUACGAGCAAGCCAAGCGCGGGUUGUCUGCGUGCUCCUCCAAGCUGGACGCCAGCGGCCUCGAGCGCCGUGCCGCCGAGCGCCGAGCUAACGCCGUCGCCGAGCUCCGAGCCAAGCGAAAGAUCAAGCGAGAUGAAGCCACCGUCUUGGCCACCGACCACAACCGCACCGCCGACGGUAUCACUGAGGAUACUCCCGUGUCGGAGCUCUUUGCCAGCAACGGCACUUGUGUCAUUAACCCCGUCUCUGAGUUUGGACCAUUUUGGGUCAAGGGCGAAUAUGUCCGCACUGAACUCGUCGAGGACCAGGCCGGUGUUCCGGUUCUUAUUGAUGGACAAUUCCUGAACGCCGAGACCUGCGAGCCUAUCGAAGGCUUGUACUGGGACAUCUGGAACUGCAACUCUACUGGUGUCUACUCUGGUGUCGUUGCCUCCAACAAUGGCGCCGGUACCGCUGACCCCGGCAACAUCAACAGCACCUGGCUGCGAGGUAUCCAGCAGACCGACAGCGACGGUGUCGCCCAGUUCAGCACCCUCUUCCCCGGACACUACUCGGGUCGCGCCACCCACACGCACGUCAUUGCCCACAUCAACGCCACCCAGCUGGAGAACGGCACCGUGACGGGCGGCAACGACGCCUUUGUCGGCCACCUGUUCUGGGACCAGCAGCUCAUCUACGACAUUGAGGCUCUCUCCCCUUACAAUGAAAACACCAUUGAGAUCACCACCAACGCGGACGACUCCAUCUUCCCCAACGAGGCCGCCACCAUUGACCCCGUCUUCAACUACAUUCAGCUCGGCGACGACCUCGAGGAUGGUCUCUUUGCCUGGAUCACCAUUGCCAUCAAUGUGACGGCCAGCUACAGCGAGAGCUACAGCUUUGAGCUGACCGAGGGAGGCGGUGUGGCCGUUGAGGCUGGCAGCGACAUUGGUGGAGGUGCUGGCUCUGGUGGCCCGGGUGCCGCUCCUACUGGCAUGUAG